AUGAAACCACAGUCUGAAGAAACACAACGGCGAUUAGCUGCUGAAAGGGAGAAAGGACGAAUGCGUGCUUUAAAUACAGCGUUUGAUCAACUACGGCAAAAACUGAAAACCACUAAUGGUAAACGAUUGACAAAGAUAAGAACUUUAAGAUUAGCGAUCGACUACAUUGAAGAACUGCAGCAGUAUUUAUACAACGAUCAGCUUCUACAGAACAGAUGCAGUCAGAGCCUCGUGCAGAUGGAAUUGCCGGUUUUUGAUGCAGAAAAUGCAUUCUGUGGCAAAGAUAUAAAUUGCGAUUCAGUUAAUCAAAAUUUUGACUUACAGUCUACAAAAGAAGCGGUUCCGUUUACCCAAAUGCAAAACUACAACAGUUUUGUACCCGAUCAGGCUAUUAAUGAUGAUUUUAUACAAAAGCGUAUAAAUUACGUGUAA